GUCUCCCUUUUUUUUUUUUCAAACUCCAAAAACCAGAACUUAAUUUUCCUUUUCGUACUGUACUUCAAGAGCUGGCUUCUCCGGUUGAAGAUGCAGCAAUUCAUCACUUCUCUAAAGCCCAACCCUUUAGUUUCAAUUGUGUCCGGCGAUUCCCCCCUUCCUCCCCAUUUUAAACCAAUCUUCUCCGGCCGCCCAAAAUGGAGGAUAUCCAACCUUCUCUGUCGUCGUCGUCCUGCUGUUGCUGCUGAAACAUCUUCAGAUUCAAUCAAUAUCUCAUCUUUUAAUUCUGGCUUCUACAGCACUGAGGAAAUGUCAUGCGAAUUGUACAACCGUUCCAUUUACGACCUCUGUAGAUCAGGUGAGGUUGACGAAUCCAUGAAAUUACUUGCCGAGAUGGAGGCUAUAGGUCACCGUGUCAAUUCUAGAUCUUACGCUAGCUUAAUUACAGCUCUGGCAACCCACGGAAGAACUUUAGAAGCCGAUUCCAUCUUCCAAGACAUGAUACUUUCAGGGUUUGAACCAAGACCAAAUAUUUACAACGUCUUGCUUAAGGCCUUCUUAAGAAAGGGACUCAUUAGCCUUGCAGAUAAAGUGCUGUCGUCUAUGGAUGAUUUGGGUAUGAACAGGAAUCGAGAAACAUAUGAGAUCUUAAUAGAUUAUCAUGUACAUGCAGGCCGAAUGAACGAUACAUGGUCGAUCAUUGGUGAGAUGAGGCGACAGGGGUUUCAGCCUGAUUCAUUUGUGUACAGUAAGAUUAUUACACUUUACAGAGACAGUGGGAUGUGGAAGAAAGCAAUGGAGGUUGUUAGGGAGAUUAAUGAGACUGGUGUUCCUUUAGACAAGAGAAUUUAUAACAUUAUUAUUGAUUCGUUUGGGAAAUAUGGCGAGUUGAAGGAUGCAUUGGAGGUGUUUGUGAAAAUGCAACGGGAAGGAAUUAAACCUGAUAUUAUGACUUGGAACUCGUUGAUCAAAUGGCACUGCAAGUUUGGGGAUGUGGAUACGGCGGUUAGUUUGUUCGUGGAGAUGCAAGAACAGGGAAUGUAUCCCGAUCCGAAGAUAUUCGUUAGAAUGAUCAGCCGGUUAGGUGAUCAAGGGAGGUGGGAUGUGAUAAAGAAAAACUUCCAGAGUAUGAAAGUAAGAGGGUUUGAAAAGAGUGGUGUUAUAUAUGCGGUUUUGGUUGAUAUUUAUGGGCAGUAUGGAAGAUUUCAUGAUGCAGAAGAGUGUAUAGAUGCUCUAAAGAUGGAAGGAAUCCCACUCUCAACCAGCAUCUUUUGUGUGCUGGCUAAUGCUUAUGCUCAACAGGGAUUAUGUGAAGAGACGCUAAGAAUCCUUCAAUUCAUGGAAGAAGAAGGAAUUGAGGCAAACCUUAUCAUGCUGAAUAUGUUGGUUAAUGGAUUCAGCAUCUCUGGAAGGCAUGCGGAGGCAAUGUCAAUAUAUCAACACAUGAAAGAAACUGGUAUUAGUCCUGAUGUGGUUACUUACAGUACCCUAAUGAAGGCUUUUAUCAGGGCAAAGAAGUAUGAUGAGAUUCCUAGAAUAUACAAGGAAAUGGAAUCAGCUGGAUGUUUACCAGAUAGAUGGGCUAAAGAGAUGCUUCAGACUGCUCUCAUGUACCUUGACCAUCAACAUUUCUAAACUGAAGAAAGUUCUUGUAAUCAUUUCUUCAUGAAACAGAUUAGCACAUAAACACCAAAUUAUACAUUUUACCUUAGACUAUGACGACGAGAGGAAGACUUGUCCUUCUCCUUCCCCGGUUUGAGGAUGCAGGGCCCAAUAAUCUUCGGGACUUACGACAGACAGACUGACUUGUUCCUCCAGGUUCUUGUCAAACACAGAAGAAUGCACUGUCCUGUUGCACAAGUAUAUGUUUGCAUCACCAAAAACAACCUUACAAAGAUGUAGCAAAGAAAGAGCAAACCUGUUGUGGUAUUCUUCUAAGCAAUCAAAUUAACUGGUGUGAAAGGGUCUGUCCUAUUAGUUCUAUGUUUAAACAAGUCAAGCGCAUAUUGGUUUAGACCAUCAGGAUCAAGGAUCAGGGAGUAGUUUUUAAAUUUGUGUCUUUUACCACGUUUAAAUAUUAAUAAAAUCAAACACAAUUGUAAAA